ACCGCGCGGGCGGACAGACCGGCCGGCAGUUGGCACGCGGGGCGCUGGCGCGCCAGCAGCUCGGCUCUCCCGCCGGCAGCCUCGGGCGCUCGAGCCAGCGGUCCGGGCGGCGGCGCCAAGCGGGGGGCCGGGAGCCGGCGGGAGGAGGCGGCGGCGGCGGCGGCGGAGGCGGGGGCGCCGGCCGGCGCUCGGACAGCCGGGGGCACGCCCCAGCCUCGCGCGCAGCCGGGACCUGGGGCUCGGGCGCCCCCCGGGCCCGCGUCCCCGCGCGGCCACAUGGCUCCACUCCGCGCGCUGCUGUCCUGCCUGCUGCCCUUGCACUGCGCGCUCUGCGCCACCGCAGGCAGUCGGACCCCAGAGCUGCGCCUCUCUGGAAAGCUCAGUGGCUAUGGUGUGACAGUGCCCUGCAGCACGGAUUUUCGGGGACGCUUCCUCUCCCAUGUGGUGUCUGGCCCAGCAGCAGCCUCCGCAAGGAGUGUGGGAGUGGACAUGCCACCUACACCACCAUCCCACUUCAGUCACCCUCGGGUGGCUCGCAGCCCCCUGCACCCGGAAGGAGGGACCCUGUGGCCUGGCAGGAUGGGGCGCCACUCCCUGUACUUCAAUGUUACCGUUUUUGGGAAGGAACUGCACUUGCGCCUGCGGCCCAACCGGCGGUUGGUGGUGCCAGGAGCCUCGGUGGAGUGGCAGGAGGAUUUUCGGGAGCUGUUCCGACAGCCCUUGCAGCAGGAGUGUGUGUACUCUGGAGGUGUCACGGGAAUGCCUGGGGCAGCUGUUGCCAUCAGCAACUGUGAUGGAUUGGCGGGCCUCAUCCGCACAGACAGCACCGACUACUUCAUUGAGCCCCUGGAGCGGGGGCAGCAGGACAAGGAGGCCAUCGGGAGGACACACGUGGUGUACCGCCGGGAAGCUGUCCAGCAGGAGUGGGCGGAGCCCCGUGGGGACCUUCACAACGAAGCCUUUGGCCUGGGUGACCUUCCCAACCUGCUGGGCCUGGUGGGGCACCAGCUGGGUGAAGCGGAGAGGAAGCGGCGACACGCCAAGGCAGGCAGCUACAGCAUGGAGGUGCUGCUGGCAGUGGACGACUCGGUGGUUCGCUUCCACGGCAAGGAGCAUGUGCAGAACUAUGUCCUCACCCUCAUGAACAUCGUGGAUGAGGUCUACCACGACGAGUCCCUGGGGGUCCACAUCAACAUUGCCCUUGUCCGCUUGAUCAUGGUCGGCUACCGCCAGUCCCUGAGCCUGAUCGAGCGUGGGAACCCCUCGCGCAGCCUGGAGCAGGUGUGUCGCUGGGCGCAUUCCCAGCAGCGCCAGGACCCCGGCCACGCAGAGCACCACGACCACGUUGUCUUCCUCACACGGCAGAACUUUGGGCCCUCAGGGUACGCGCCCGUCACUGGCAUGUGCCACCCCCUGAGAAGCUGUGCCCUUAACCACGAGGAUGGCUUCUCCUCGGCCUUCGUGGUGGCCCACGAGACCGGCCACGUGCUCGGCAUGGAGCACGACGGCCAGGGCAACGGCUGCGCGGACGAGACCAGCCUGGGCAGCGUGAUGGCGCCCCUGGUGCAGGCUGCCUUCCACCGCUUCCACUGGUCCCGCUGCAGCAAGCUGGAGCUCAGCCGCUACCUCCCUUCCUACGACUGCCUCCUCGACGAUCCCUUCGAGUCCACCUGGCCGCAGCCCCCCGAGCUGCCUGGGGUUGACUACUCAAUGGAUGAGCAGUGCCGCUUUGACUUCGGCAGUGGCUACCAGACCUGCUUGGCGUUCAGGACGUUUGAGCCCUGCAAGCAGCUGUGGUGCAGCCACCCUGACAACCCAUACUUCUGCAAGACAAAGAAGGGGCCCCCACUGGAUGGGACCGGGUGUGCCCCAGGCAAGUGGUGCUUCAAAGGUCACUGCAUCUGGAAGUCGCCAGAGCAGACCUACGGCCAGGAUGGAGGCUGGAGCUCGUGGACCAAGUUUGGGUCGUGUUCGCGGUCAUGCGGGGGCGGGGUGCGAUCCCGCAGCCGGAGCUGUGACAACCCCCCCCCAGCCUACGGAGGCCGCCCGUGCUCGGGGCCCACGUUCGAGUACCAGGUGUGCAACAGCGAGGACUGCCCCGGGCCCUAUGAGGACUUCCGGGCCCAGCAGUGUGCCAAGCGCAACUCCUACUACACCCACCAGAACGCCAAACACAGCUGGGUCCCCUACGAGCCUGAGGACGAUGCCCAGAAAUGUGAGCUGAUCUGCCAGUCGGCGGACACGGGGGACGUGGUAUUCAUGAAUCAGGUGGUCCACGACGGGACACGCUGCAGCUACCGGGACCUGUACAGCGUCUGUGCCCGUGGCGAGUGUGUGCCCGUCGGCUGUGACAAGGAGGUGGGGUCCAUGAAGGCCGAUGACAAGUGUGGAGUCUGUGGCGGUGACAACUCACACUGCAGGACCGUGAAGGGGACACUGGGCAAGGCCUCCAAGCAGGCAGGAGCCAAGCUGGUGCAGAUCCCGGCGGGUGCCAGGCACAUCCAGAUCGAGGCCCUGGAGAAGGCGCCGCACCACAUCGUGGUGAAGAACCAGGUGACGGGCAGCUUCAUCCUCAACCCCAAGGGCAAGGGAGCCGUGAGCCGGACCUUCACCGCCAUGGGCCUGGAGUGGGAGGAUGCAGUGGAGGAUUCCAAGGAGAGCCUCAAGACCAGCGGGCCCCUGCCCGAGGCCAUCACCGUCCUGGUGCUCCCCCCAGCUGAGGGCGGCCCCCGCAGCAGCCUGGCCUACAAGUACGUCAUCCACGAGGACCUGCUGCCCCUCAUUGGGAGCAACAACGUGCUCCUGGAGGAGACGGACAGCUACGAGUGGGCGCUCAAGAGCUGGGCACCCUGCACCAAGGCCUGUGGGGGAGGGCUCCAGUUCACCAAAUACGGCUGCCGGCGCAGACGUGACCACCACAUGGUGCAGCGGCACCUGUGUGACCACAGGAAGAGGCCCAAGCCCGUCCGCCGGCGCUGCAACCAGCACCCUUGCUCCCAGCCUGAGUGGGUGACGGAAGAGUGGAGCCCCUGCAGCCGGAGCUGCGGGAAGCUGGGGGUGCAGACUCGGGGGGUGCAGUGCCUGUUGCCCCUCUCCAAUGGCACCCACAAGGCCAUGCCGGCCAAGGCCUGCCCCGUGGACCGGCCUGAGGCUCGGCGGCCCUGCCUCCGCGUGCCCUGCCCAGCCCAGUGGCGGACGGGAGCCUGGUCCCAAUGCUCUGCCACCUGCGGCGAGGGCAUCCAGCAGCGGCAGGUGGUGUGCCGGACCGGCGCCAACAGCCUCGGGCAGUGCGACGGGGAGAAGCCGGACACCGUCCGGGUCUGCAGCCUGCCCGCCUGCGGAGGAAACCUCCAGAACUCCACGGUGAAGGCUGACAUCCGGGAACUUGUGACCCCAGAGCAGCAGUGGGUACCACAGUCCGGACCCCUACAUCCCAGUAACAAGAUACCAGCAACGGAGCCCUGCCUGGGGGACAGGUCCAUCUUCUGCCAGAUGGAAGUGCUCGGUCGCUACUGCUCCAUUCCUGGCUACCACCGGCUGUGCUGCGAGUCCUGUACCAAGAAGGCCACGGGCCCCGACCCUAGCCCGGACCCUGGCCUGGCCUCGCCACCCACUGUCUCCACUCCUGGGAGCCCCUUACCAGGACCAGAGGCCCCUCCAGAUGCCGCGGAGCCCACCAGGGAGCCAGCAGGAUCAGAUGACCUCCAACGUGGCCGACCCACACAGCUCCCAGGACCUCCGGACACAAGCUCCCUGGUGACCCAGCGUCUCUUUGCCCCUGAGAAACUGAGUCCUAGAGCAUUCUGGGGCACCUCCCCUACCACCCCGGGGGGACAGCCUUGGGGCUGGACUGAGGCCCCUGUGCCAGCCUCCAAGGAUAAAGGGUGGCCCAGGGAAGACCCGGAGCAUCCAGGUACCAGCCUCCCUGCCACCUCCCCGGUGACAUGAGCCACGCCCCACCAUCUCACCAGUGACGUUUACACUGUGAGCCGCCCCGGGGAGCCCCGGCUCAGAGGACACACACAGGGGGCAGGGGCAGGCACAGACUUCCUUUUAAAUUAUUCGCCUUCUUGUUGUUUGGGGCUUGAUGCUCUACCCCAAGGGGUGGGGGAGGGAGGAAGACAGAGCAGGGAGACCCCCACCUGGAGAUACCUCAGCAAGCAGUCCGACGGCUGGCCAAACCUCUCAGGGGCUCUGAUUGGUCUCCUGCCACAACCGGGGCCAGCUACUGCCCCCUCCUCACAGCCACGGGGCCCCGGGCACAUCUGAAGCCCAGACUGAGAGCUGUCAGGGCUACCUGCCUUCCCCAGAACUGUGGAGACCCUGUGGGGACCCUGCCUAUGUGGCCCCUCUGCCCAGAAGGGCAAAGCAGGGCCAGGGGGGGUGGGGCCGGGUGAAUGUGGCAUGAGGCUUCCUGCUGCAGGGCUGGGGCAGGUGGAGGCAGCUCGUCCCAGCCCAGCUCUUGGUAGCCGAGGGCUCCACGCAGCUCCAGCAGCCGAGGCCUUUGCUGGCUGGAGGGCAGCGGCCGUGGCCAUGCUCUGCCCCUGCAGGUGUCACUUCUGUUACUUCUGGUGACUGCAGGUUACAGGCUGGCCUCCCAAUCCCACCCUGGCCCACCAGAGAAGGGGGCUCAGGACACCCUGGGUCCCUGUCCUCACCGUACAGCAGUUUCCAAACUGGUGCUCGACCCCUGGCUGGACCAGAACUGCAACUUUGGUUAUGACUCUGGGCCUUGGAGGUGACUCUGUGGGACACAGAGGAGCCGUGAUUUCUCAGGCUGGGCCCUCAGUCGUUAUCCUCUGCCAAAGACCACUCCUGCUGGAGUCAGGGGUCUUCUCCACCUGGCUCAAGCUAGGGAAGAGCUGUGUGGCUCCCCAGGCACUGGGGCCCCAGGGCAGAUGGCCAGAGAGUCCACUCAUAGCCAGGCCCUGCAGGUGACCAGGGCCACCCAGGCUGAGUGUCCCAGGGCAGAUGCCAGCCCUGCCCCAGUCUGGGGUGAAGAGUGCACACUGACCUAUGGUGCUUCAGGGACUUCUCUGGGCUCACCUGCCCUCCAUGUUACCUCCAAGAGACAGGUAACUGCCCUAGACCCUCUGGCUCUCAGGAGGUGGCCCAAGUUCCCAGCAUACCCGCAGGGUCCUCACCCCCAGGGUCCUUGCCAGGUGAUAGAGGUGCUUCUCAUUUCUUCCUUCCCCGGGGGAAGGGGGCUGUUCUGAGCCAGCCAGGAGGAAGGGGAGCAGUGGGCCCCUGCCCCUGGCCUGCACCUGCUUAGAGAACAGAGGUCCAGGGGGCUCCCCAGGUGCCCUUUCCACCUGCUGCCCUCCUCCUCCCCCGCCCUGGGAUGCUGGGCGCACACUGCGGCAUUCCUGUGGGAACCAGUUAAAGGGCGUAAACUCUUGUGCCUUGGAAAUCCAGGUCUUUAAACUUUUAUGUAUUUAUUAACAUUGCCCUUGGUGCUUUGUUUUGGACCCCAAAAAGUUGUAUGUGUUUUUCUUUUUCUCUCUCUGUUUUGGAGGAAGUGGGGAGUGAAGUCAGAACUCUACGGGGCUGGCCGGGCUGUAGCAAGAGGACUGGGGGUGGGGGACAGACAGGGAGGAGGCUGGAGUCUUGGCCCUCAGGCUCCCUGACAGCCCCACUCACUCUGUGACUCCUCGGCAUCAGCUCAGGGUGCGGCAGGGGCAAAAUCAGGGCUGGGGGCCUGCGGGUCCCACUUGAA